ACCAUAAAACACUUGUGACUUUUUCUGCAAAAGUAGCGCGCUUUUGGAAUAUACAAUAAACAAUUUAAAUUUGAAUUUUAAUCUCCUACACUGAGUAAUUGUGAAUUAACAUUGAGAACGUUGAUCUUUUUGCAGUAAUUAAAUGUACAAUGAUAAAUACAUUAUUAUGAUUGUGUUUGACGAGGAACCAAGUAGCGGCCGUGGACGAGCCAAUAGCGCAGCCCUGGCGGACAUCGCCCUAGUUGCCCCUUCGGAUCGAACAGUUGCGUAGUCGCGACUCCCGACCGUAGCCUCCGUGCCCUGUGUAACACUUAUGAGUUUUAAAAUAAUCAUGGAAUUCUAUUCGUGAUUUGUUUUUAAAAACAAGACAAUCUCUAUAAGCUGUCAAUUGUGAUCAAUUUUAAUGUUCGCAAGAAUUCGUCUAUUAUUUAAUGUUGACUUUAGAUUGUGCACAAAAUGGAAGAUUCCUACAUCAUAGCUAACUUCCACGCGUUAUGUCGACUCUGUCUGAACAAAAGUACGCUCGCAGUGUCGAUAUUCGGCGCUGUGCCUGACGACGAAGCAAAUGCUUCUUUAACCUCUAAAAUCGCUGAAUGUUUCGAACUACAGAUCGACCCCAAUGAUGGCCUACCUGGAAGGAUAUGCUACAAAUGCUUAUUUAAGGUGGAUAAAUGUUCAAAGUUCAAACUGCAAUGUAUUCAGAGUGAAAACAGACUGAGACAAAUCACCAACCGUAUAAAUGAACUGGAAAACUCAAAUUCAUCUGAGAUCAACAACUACAGCUACAAUAACUCUCAAGAAUCCCUGAAACCUAAGCCUGAAGACUAUAUUGUGGAAGACAGUGUUGUUAUGGUUGUAGAUCCUAGCCUUGAUUAUGAUUCAUCAGAAGAUUCUGACAAUGUAGACACUAUUGAACAUGAUGUUGCUGAAAGUGACAAUGCACAUGACAGAGACACAACUCAAGAAUCAUUUUUCAAGAAUGUUUUUAUGUGUCAAUAUUGUGAUCAAGCUUUUGUGUCGCAGGAGAAAUGCACAGAACAUGAACAAACCUACCAUGAUCCCAGCAGACCUUACAAAUGUAUAGAAUGUAGCUUAGUAUUUGCUGAAAGGAGUCAAAUUGUACAGCACACAAGACAAGUGCAUGGUAAUGAUAAACCAUAUCACUGUCCUGAAUGUGAGAAAUGUUUUGGGAGAAGAUCAGAUCUGAGAAAGCAUUCUAUUGUUCACACAGGCAUAAGGCCUUAUCAAUGUCAAUAUUGUUUAAAAAGUUUUUCUCGUAACACAAAUUUGAGCAAACAUUUACGUAUACAUGCAGGCCACAAGCCACAUGUCUGUCCUCUGUGUCCAAGAAGCUUUGUAGCUAAAGGAGAUCUUCAGCGCCAUGUCCUUGUUCAUUCUGGCAUGAAACCUUAUGCCUGUAAAAGAUGUCCUUCAACAUUUGGCAGAAGAGAUAAACUUAUAAAACAUGAAGUAAGACAUGGACCCAUGAGCCCAGAACACAGAGAUGACUUUGACAAAAACCAGGACUCCCAUGAUAUGGUUGUCAGUGUAAAUCCUUUUAGCAAUUUAAUCUCGUCACCCACUGAAAUGCAUGCUGAUACCUCCAAUGCUCAUUAUGAGUUACCCAGAAUUCCUGAUCAUAUAUCUGGUGAGAGCAGUUUCAUGAAAGUCCAAAAGCCACCUGCUUCCAGUAAACAAUUGCAAAAUUCCCCAACAAAGAAAGCUGUUUCUAACAAAAACAGACCAAAGAAUAUUAAAUGUCAUCAAUGUCCUAAGAGAUUUUCUUCAUUAGAUGCAUACAAGACUCAUGUGUCUAUUGCCCAUAUUGGGUCAAGGGUCUUUCAGUGUAAGAUUUGUUUCAAGAAAUUUGCAAGAAAAAGAGAACUUGACCGCCAUGCCACAGUACAUUCUGGAAUGAAAGCUUUCUCUUGCAGUCAAUGUGAUAAAAAAUUUACAAGGAAAGAUAAGCUUGACAAACAUGAGCAAACACAUGAAUGCCUGGUUGUGAAUAUGCCUUGCAUAGAAUGUGGUGCCACAUUUGAAAAGAAAGCUGAUUUAGUUGCACACAUUAAAUCCCAUUUUAGUGACAAUUAUGAUGACAAGAUUCCUGAAAGUGAAAUAAAGAAGGAAGAGGAACCUGAAUACCCUGUUGAUGAACAUUUCUAUGAUAUGGAGACUUGAGUUAUUGAAUUUAUUCUUGUCAAUAUAAAUGUAGAGACAAGGAUAAAACAUUAUAGUAAACAGGUUAUGUGGCACUCAUAUGCUAGUACUUAAUUAUAACUUUAUACAGGUAGAUUAUGACUUUUUGUUGAAUCUUUGUAUUCAUGACUGGUGUACAAAUAACUAGGUAUUAUAUUGUAUAAUUUUUUAGUACUCACAUCAUUUAUCGUAAAUAAUUAAAUGUAAUAUGUGUUAAUAAUUUUAUUUUGUGUAUUUAUUUUGGAAUUGUAAUUUCAGUAAAGUCCUAAAAGCUUGGAAUAACUUUUGCCUUCCAAGUAAAUAUGUAUUUAAAUAAGUUACUUAGACACAAUGUGAUAGAAACACCUACUAUUAUGACAUUCAUCCAAAGAUUUUCUAAGAAUAGAAUUAGAAUAAUUAUAAUUUAUUUUGUAUCAGUUAUAUAAUUAUUGAAUACAAUUGUUAAAGAUAAACCAUAUUUUAAAUAUGUUUUGAACAAUACAUUGUAAUGAAUAAUAAUGAACGGUAUUAAUCUGAUGAGUUAAUGUUCAAUGUUAUAAUGAACAGUAAAUCUAAUUUAGUCAGUUCCAUUUAGAUCAUUGUGUCAAAACAUAAUUUGAUAUAUUUGAAAUGUAGGUAUUAAUAUUAUAGUCACUGCCCAUGUCUCAACAAUUUAAAUGACACACAUUGUAGUAAUGCAGUAGUUCACAGUAAUGUUAUUUUUAUAUUUAUAUUAGGGUAUGUUUUAUAUAUUUACAUCAGCUGUACUCAACCUGCGGCUCGCUAAGCUUUUCCAUGCAGCCCAUCCAGCAAAAGCGCAAGUGGCCCCAUUUUACUUUAAAAAUUUCACUGAAAUAAAAAUCUUUUCUCUCAAUUUCACUUAAUGUAUGUACUGUAUGCUAACUAGUGACCUAGUGUGGGUUCUGUCACCACUUUUUCCCACCCAGGAAGGACCGACCGAAAACUAUGCUACGCCAAUGAUGAUAGAUAUAAAUAUAACAUCUUAAUCAAAUGUGUAUGUUUUUAAUGUAAUUAAAUAAAACAAAGUUUUGAUAGGUUUUAGACACAUGAAUAGGUAAAUAAAUUUACGUUGCAGCCUGAGGCACCAUAACUGCGACUUCUUUGCGGCCUAUAUGAAAAAGAUUGAGUAUAGCUGCUUGACAUGCAAAGUCCAAGCAAUAUGCUUCACAGUUUCCUUUUAUGCAUAAAAAGUAACACCAAAUAAAAAAAUAAUUAUGGGACACAUCAAUAUGGAUCAAAAUCAGAUUUCACUUAUUAUCAAUAGUAAACAUGUGUAAAUAUAUGUUUAUUGAAGAAAUAUAAAUCAUUGUCCAGAAA